UCCUGUGGCUUCUUGUGCGUGCCUCUCACAAGUAUUUACAUAAACCAUUUUUCUUACUUUUAAAGGAAUCAUAAUUUGAUGGUGAAUCUCAUGAUUACCCACCACCACCUGCAGUCAAGUACAGUGGAAAAUUAGCAAGAGAGAUUCUGUGUUUUGUGGUUUAAAUGUUUUGAGAAGACUUGUGAAAUUGAACUUUACACACUAGCAAUUCCUGCAUCUUCAGAGGAGCCACAUAGGCAAUUUCAAGUGUGCAGUUUCAUUUGCAUAAUAGGAGCAAUUUGUUGCCAUCCACAGCUCUUCUGUGGAAAUGCAGCCACUGAAGAUUGAAACACCUUGCAUGCAACACUUCAUAGGACAGGGUUUUCUGAGACCUGUGCACCGAGAGUUUUCAGUACCGGAGACGAGGAGAGAGGCAGACAGUGCUUACCAUAAACUUCUGAACUGAUGGUGGAUCCAGCCAUAAGGAUUACCAUAAGGUAAUCCGCAAGUGAAGGGUGCAGCAGCCCCGCUGUGCAGGUUACUAUGUGCCUCUGUUGCCCCAGCUGUUCGUGUGCCCAUGGCAAGUCGCUUUCCAUCAGCACAGGCUCUGUUCCUUGGAAAAUACGUAUUGUUAGACAGCGAGCCCUUUGGUGCAGGUGCCCUAUCUUCCCGUGUGUUUGUAGAGCGCCGAGCGCUUCUGCUAUUGCUGGAACUUGGCUUAUAGUAGUAAACAGUGAAGUUGUUAGGCUGUUAUCUUGAGAUUAAUGUGGCCCUAUCUCCUUUGUUUAAACCACUCCUGUGAAUGAGCUUCUAAUUUAGACAACACUAAGACACGUGUCUUACAGAAUACAUGGUCGUGUUGUAUUUAUGUGGCAGAAAUGUUGGAUUUUCAGGCCUAAAGAGGGCAUUUAAACUUUUUUUUAACCAUACUUAUUACUUAUUUUUCUUUCCAUCUAGUUAAACAAAAGGAGUUAAAUUUACUGGAAUGAGUUGAAAAAGGUACAGGGUUAUUUUUUGUCUUAAAGAUGGACAGAGAUGUGUAGUUCUAAGUGGGUUCUCAACAAGAGAGAGGAAAAAAGUACGGUGUCCUCAACCAGCAUUAGAAAGUAGCGGAAACACUCUUGUCUUACAAGGCUGGAUUUAAGUGAAAGAAAAUGCAGUUAUUUACUAAAAGAAAAGUAAUGGGUAGCCAGCAAGCAUAAGUAGCAGGUCGUCUUGGGAGGCAGUGGAAUAACGUGCAUGGGUAACCAGCACUGCUGAACCUUCGGACAACUGUGCAAACAUUUCAGGACGGAGGCAUGGUGUGGCUGCUGGGGGUAGGUACCCUGCCCAGGAACGAGGAAAUCUCCUUGUGGUGGCUUGUCGUUGAGUUGCAGAACCUUUGUGUAAGUCAUUUGGCCUUUUUUGGACCUAUUUAUCCAAGCUGUAAUCUAGGGAUUGUGGUAAUACCUCAUAAAGAAGAGGUGAGCGUGGAUCGCUUCUGACAGCAGUUGAAGCGCUCUGUGUUUAUUACGGCAGAGCGCUGGCUGUGGAGCCAGGCAUGGCUUGGGCUGAAGCUUAAAGCAAAGCGUGUGGUGUAAAAGGUGCCGAGCACAAUAACCACGGGCAGUGAGAUGGUGCUGCCCGGUAGCGUGCCUGGGAUCUCGCUGCCACCAGUCAGCGGAACUUGUCGGUGCUGCUGCUGUAGCUUCUCUGUUCUUGUCUCCACUCGGGCUCGCUAAAAUAGUUUUAUAUGGUAUGUAAUGCUCUGAGAUUGAGCUGCUGCAGAUUUUGCUGCCCUCGCUUCCUUCUUGAAAGAGAUUUUCACUCCGAAAAGUAGUUAGGAGGUAGAACUUCUUAACGUGAUGCCUCUGGAAAAGGCUGCCUGCCUGCUGCUGCCCUGUGCCCCUCGAGUUAGGCCGAGGGGCAGCUGAACUAAAACCACCCAGUGUGUGAGGGAGCCGUCUUAGAGUGCUGUGGCGGUCCAAGCAGUUACCAUGGAUGAAUUACAAUAUGGAUUUUCUGGCUCAUGGUUACUUCUGGUUGAGCCAGAGCGUGCUCUCUGACUUCAGCGGGAGUUGGACGUAUGUAAAAGGGAGAGUUCUGUCGUUUGCAAACCGCGUUUCUCAUGACCGUAAGAAGAGCUGCGUGUGGCGACGUGGAGCCCAGCAGAACGUGGUUAAAAACCUGCUGGCAUGUGUAAGUUGAAGGAGACUCUCCUACUGCAGCAUACUGAGAUGACCUUAGACAGAGGGCGGCCUUUGUCCAGUCGUGCUACGUCCUAUUUCACUGUAUUUGCAGCGUGGUCAAGAAACACCACGUGUACUGGGGCUACCUCACGUUAGUCACUAGACAAACAUCUGCAUAGCACUAGGCGUGCUCUGAAAAGCCAGCCUCCAUUUCAGAAACAUCUUUAUUUGUGCAUCUGACAGCACUUUGUGUGUAUAAUAAUGGCAUUUUCUUUCCCAUCCCCCUCUCUCCUUUGCUUGAUCCCACAGGGAGGUCAUAAUUCUGUGAUUUUCACCAAACUCUGUUGCAAUGCAAGUGAGUGUGAUGUGAUAAAUUCAGCAUUAUGACGUCACUUCGUGAUCAUCAACAGAAGAUGGGGGAGAAGAAGUGGGUGACAGUUGGCGACACAUCCCUAAGGAUUUACAAAUGGGUACCAGUAACAGAGCCUAAAGUCGAUGAUAAAAAUAAGAAUAAGAAAAAAGGCAAAGAUGAAAAAUGUGGCUCUGAAGUGACCACUCCGGAGAACAGCUCCUCUCCAGGGAUGAUGGACAUGCAUGAUGACAAUAGCAACCAGAGUUCAAUAGCUGAUGCUUCUCCAAUAAAACAAGAAAACAGUAGCAAUUCAAGUCCGGCACCAGAACAGAAUUUGGCAACACAAGCAGAUGGCACUGAAGUAAAGUCUGAUGAACCUCAGACAGAAGCAAAGGAGCAGCCUGGUUCAGAAGAUACCUCCGAUGAACAGAACUCUCAGUCUUCAAUGGAAAAUUCCAUGAAUAGUUCAGAGAAAGCAGAAAUUCAGUCCUCUGGAGAAAAUGAUAUAAUUACAGAGGCAUCUAAAAACUCUCAGGACUCUGAAGGAGUGCCACCUUCUAAAAAGAUGAAAGUAGAGGCUUCCCAACAAAACGUUGAAGAGAUUUAGACUAUAGAUUUUUCUGGUCAGUUUUUACGUAAGGUACAUCAGUGGGCUUAAUUAUAGAACAACCUUACUUAAGCAUCUUCUCUUGGAUGAGGACAGAACUCCUAACUUUUCAAGUUACCAAGCAAAAAUCCAAGAAAGCCUAACAAAGGUUUAACUUCUCAGACACUGAAAACUUUUUCCUGUGAAACAAACAUUGAGAACUUUUAAGUUACUGUCUCUGAAAUGGUUGGAGUAAACAACUCAGGAGGGGUCUACGCACUGUUUCUAAAGUCAAAAUUACAAUUAUGUUGCUGCUGUAUUUUUUUUUCAUUUCUCUAUUUAACAUUGUAAGAUAUUUAAGGAUGGUACAGGUCAGGUAUUAGCUUUCAUGUGAAGUUCAUUGUUCUGGCGUGAUGUCUGCUUUUGUUUUGUGCCUUGUGUUCUGAAAACAGUGCUAACUUUUAAAUUUAAAAGUUGUUUUGCAACUGUCUCCUUUGCAAAGUGGCCUAUGUUUGUAUAAUGCCGUGUAGUAAGGCUUUUUCUUUUUCUUUUCCUUUUUUUUUGUUUGGGGUUUUUGUUUUGUUUUUAAUUUUUAAAUCCCUGGUGCUUAAAUUUUAAUAAAUACAGAUCAGGAAGCCAUUUUCACUCUUGGAGUCCAAGGAGAAAAAGGAGCUUGAUAUAUUAUUUUAGCAGCUAUAGUGGAGAUCUUUUAUUGAAUGCAUGGCAUUCGCAACUGUAAAUUUGGUCUUCUAAAUACUUAACUUCAUCAGAAGUUAACAUGAUCUGUUUACCAUUUAUAGUCCAGAUCUGAAUAUAUACUAUAACACAACAGUUAAAAUACUUGCGUAUUAGGUCCAGAUCUCUGUACUGGGUACAACUUGCUUUACAGAAGAGUUCCACUAUGUACAUAAACAGGAUCAAAGGGAUUGAUGCACAGUGAAUUUACUUUCAAUUGGUCUUUUUUGAUAUGAGGUUUUCACUGAACUGGAUUUCAUUGUACUGUUCCUUUAUAAGAUGUUUACUUCUGUGUUCCAGGUUAAUACUGUAUUUGGGAUUUAUUUUUUUUCCUUUGAGCAAGUCUUGUAAAUAAGCCUUGUUUUCUUCCAUAGUAUUUGCAUCAUUGAUAGAAAUGUUGUUUUUUUUUCCAAUUAUGUCAAAGUGUGCUUAUGCUGAACUUGAUUGAAAAGCACUAAGCAUGUGCAACUCCCUUCAAAUUAGUGGCAUUUAGAAGUGCAGAACCGCUGCAAAGGUCAGGUCACAAGGGCCUGAUCUUCCAGUGGGCUUUGUGCUUCCAGGAUGAGCACCCGGUUAUAAAUACUUGGUAUCGGUGGGAACCGCUUUAUUUCUCACUUUAAUUCUCUUUAUACACACACGUGCAUGGGCACGUGUACACACACACGUGUUGCUGGAUCAGGCCCUUAGUCUUUCUUCACUUUGUGUGUGAGAGGUGGAGCUUGUAAUUUAAAAUAUGAUCUCACAGCUAUGGAAAUGGUUGCAUAUAGUUUGUAAGCUAAGAACUGUAAAUACUUUUUUAAAUGAAAAAAUUGCUUCCAGUUGAUACAUUUUCAUAAUUAGCUCUUCAUUAAGCUUAUUUAUUUCUGAAUUCUCCAAUAGUGAAAAUGGCUUGCACUUAGACUACUGCAUUGCGUUUGCAAUUACCACUUUAUUAUGAAAAACAAUGGGGAAGUGGGGGGAGGGUGUAGAGGGAGGGAGGAUUGGGGAGCCAAUACUGACCUUCCAUAGGAUGUUUGUAGGAUUAAACUCCAAAUAACAUAUGACACUCAGUUUCGGAACUUUUCUUUUGUGUUGAAAUAAACUUUUUGGAUUUUAACUGAAUAAAAUUUGAUUGCAAAUCAUUCAUGAAAACAGUGUGCUCCCUAAUAAGUUUUUGGGAUUUCUGGUCUGAUCAUGAAGUCCAUUAACAUUCUGAAAAAAAAAAAAAAAAAAGGAAAUGAGGAGCCAAAAAUUAUGUUUGCACAAUAUAUGCAAUGAAACGGUAGAAUUCUCUCUUGAAUUGUGUGUAUGCCUAAAAUGUGGAUAACUGGUCAAUGACGAUUGAUUUGUAUGUAUAUUACAUUCAGAUUUAAGUGAUAUUUUGUGAGAAGUUCUAUUGAUAUAUUAAAUGGGCAAAUUUAGAAAGAUUCAAACUUAAAAAAUAUUUUUGAUUUACUAACUUUUUUUGUUAUUUUUAAUGCUAAAACAAAACAAAUCUGAUGCCACCUUUGAUAAGUAGUCAUUUUUACUAAUCCCUAUCAGGUGCAUCGCAGCAAGUUUUUAAUUUUAAUUUUGUAGAAGUUUCCAAGGGAAUAAAUAGACUUUUUGUUUAGAAACUAAUUCCUGUACUUUAGGAAGAAAUAAAAUAUAUAAAUAGCACUAAAAAUACCUCAAAUUUUUCAUUAGAUAGAAACAUUUAUUGGCAUUAUUGACAUCAACAGGUUUAAUUAUAAACUUCCUUUUCUCUCCUGUGGCUUCUGCUCAGAACUGUUCAUUGUUCUGUGGCUUACAAGAUAAGGCAUCAUAAUCAUAUUCCUAGAGGCUUUAUUUCUAAACUAGUAAUGCUUUAUUUACAGCUUAUACAGGAUACAUUCAGAACUUUUUUUGUUAACCAGAGAUUCUAGUGACAACAGACAACUGAACAAGCAGAUAGAUUUGGGUUCCUUAGACCUGUUAUUGUCAGCCUCUAAGAAAAGAGACUUUGACAUUACCUGGUAUGAAGAAAUCCAAAAUAGUGUAUAAGACUGUUAUUAGUCUUUUUUUGAAGUGCCUGAUAACAUUUAUGGGCCAACGGAUGUGAUUAAACACAUUUUAAUGCCAGAAAGUACAGAUGGGACCAAACCAGAACAUCGAAUUCAAACCAACCCGAGGUUUGAAACCAGAUCUAAAUCCAGCUUUUUUUUGGCUUGGACCUGUCUCUACCAGAAACUUGUUUUAUGAACUCACUGUAAAAGGGUUUAUUGAAAGCGUUGAGACGUGGAGCAGAAGGAGAGAUGUAAUUUUCUUCAAGAUGACUGAAAGUUCUCAUACAGCUAAUGUUUUAGAAAUAGUGCAAAUAUCAAGAAGUGCUUCCUUGCUACAAUGCUGAAUGUUGGAGCUUCAGUUACAAAAAAAAAAAAAAAAAAAAAAAGAAAAAAAAAAGAAACUAGAAGCAAGCAAGUAAAUUAGCUGAGUUUGUGGAACGUGUGGGAAGGCCUUCCGAAUAAGCGAUUUACUCAGCCAAACAUUUUAUAGCAGAACUAUUCCUUGGAAUUUUUAUGCUUGGGAAAGUAGUUGUUAAACAUUCCAAAAAGUGCUGGCACUUACAAAACGACAAAAAAUAAAAAUAAAAAAAAAAAAUCAACAAGGCAGUAUAAAAUAUUGGUUUUGGGUGGCUAUCUUCAUACAUAAACAUUGUCAUGUUUUGGAAUGUUCUUUAUAUCUAAGGGCCUGUUAGAAGGUGUAAAGAAUUUUGUUUUCUUCAAUACCUAAUCGUUUUCCAUCUUAUGAUUUGUGUGUGUGUGUGUUGUACAGCAGUAUAAUUUUUCACUUAUUUAUUCCAUCGGUAGUUAUGGUUUGUACAAUGUACAAUGGUUUCAUUUCAAAAAUAAAAUAAAAAAUCACAACAUGAA